AUGUACAACGGUUCAAUUCUCGAGAAACACGAACCUCAAGUAGCAACAACAGGUUCUGGAAUACCGGUUAGAGACAAAACUGCCACUCUUACAGCAGGAUAUAGAGGACCCGUUCUUAUAGAAGACGGAGACCUGCUAGAAGACCUUUCUCAUUUCAAUCGCGAACGUAUUCCAGAAAGGGUGGUCCAUGCGAAAGGUUUUGGAGCAAAAGGUUUCUUCGAGGUAACAAAUGAUAUAACAAAAUACAGUGCCGCCAAGGUAUUUUCCUCAGUUGGAAAGAAAACUCCAGUUGCAGUUCGCUUUUCCAACGCAUUUCGGGAGAGAGGUAGUGCAGAUACAGAUAUCGACCCUAGAGGAUUUGCAAUCAAAUUAUAUACUGAAGAAGGCAUAUGGGAUUUAAUAGGAUUGAAUUUGCGCGUAUUUGUUUUGAAUGAUCCUAAGAUUCUAACUAGUUUUGUUCAUGCAGUCAAAAGAGACCCCGUUACUGACCUAGUUAAUUCGACCACACUGUGGGACAUGGUAACCCUAAGGCCGGAAUCUACACACGGUAUACUAUGGUUGUUUUCACCGGCUACCCUCCCUUGCACCAUGAGAGGUUUGAAUGCAUUCGCUGUUAACACUUUUAAAUUGGUAAACGCUUACGGAAAAUAUGUUUACUGUAAAUUUAAUAUUAUUGCGAAUCAAAAGGUUAAAAGUUUAACUCUUGAGCAAGCACAAAUGUUAAAAUCCUCUGAUCCGGAUUAUUACCAAAGAGAUAUGUUUGAUUCUAUAGCAAAGGGCAAUUUCCCUUCGUGGACCUUAAAAAUUCAAGUAAUGACCCAAUUAGAAGCUGAUUUAUCGCCAUUUGAUCCGCUUGAUGCUACAAAACUAUGGCCAGAAGAUAAAUAUCCAAUGAUCGAAGUGGGUAGAAUAGUUCUGAACGAGAACCCAGCAAAUCAUUUUGCAGAAGUAGAACAAAUAGGUUUCUCACCAGCAAAUUUGGUUCCUGGUAUUUUACCUUCCCUUGACAGGGUGUUACAGUCCAGGCUAUUUGCCUAUAUGGACACCCAAAGAUAUAGAAUAGGUAAUAAUUUCCAACAGCUUCCCAUUAAUCGACCGAUAAACCCAGUUCGAAAUUAUCAACGAGAUGGCCACAUGACAUUCGUAAACCAAGGAGGUGCUCCCAAUUAUUAUCCAAAUAGUUUCGGAGGACCAGAACCAUCAAGUCAAGCCAAGAAUCUAUCUGCUCCAUACUACGUGUCUGGAUAUGCUUACGAAUAUCAUGAAAGGAAUCCUGAUUACUUUUCGCAAGCAAGAGAAACAGACUUGACGAUGAAGGUCGAAAAUUUGUAA